AUGGGUUUCGAGUCAGAUUAUGAUAUUGUCUCGGCGGUUGGUUUAGAGGAGAAGUUUGUGGCGGCGAUGGCACCGUCGAUUGAGGAGUGCAGUGCGCAUCAGAUCGUCACUCAAGAAAGUGCUCUGCAGUUCAUCGCUUCGAAGGUUUUAGUUCUCAUUUACAUAGUCUCAUUAUCUUCAUUUUGUAAUCACUGUCAUCAGAGUAUUGCUUACAUUAAUUUUUGGGGCCAAACUUCCAACUGCUUGUCAAAUGGUACCAAUUAA